CAGGAACUCAGCAGGCCUGCAAUUUCUACCGAUCGAUGAGAUAAAAAUGUCUCAGCAGAAAAUCACAGUAGAAGAAGAUGUUACUGGUACAGAGGCGGCGGAAUACGCAGCUGGAAAGCGGAAGGAGCGGCGGAAGGCAGCGAAGAAGGAGAAGAGGAAGAACAAGAGAAAAGAAUUGGCGGAGAUCGCGCGCCGAGAGGAGGAGGUUCGCCUCAAUGAUCCCGAGGAGCAGCGGCGGAUUCAGGCCGAAGAAGAGCAGGAGAGAUUGAGAGCCGAAGAGGAAAGGAAGCACUUCGAGGAGACGGAGAGGAAGAUUCUGGAAGCAUGGGAGAGAAAGAAAGCUCUCGAAGAAAAGGAAGAGGAGGAGAGGAGGCGGAGAGCUGAGGAAGAAGAGCGUCUAUCAAAACAAAAUCAGGUUGGACAUGAGAUUGAAGUGGAUGAUGAUGGUUGGGAGUAUGUGGAAGAAGGUCCUCCUGAAAUUAUUUGGCAGGGCAAUGAGAUCAUUGUCAAGAAGAAAAAAGUCCGGGUGAAAAAGAAAGAUGCUGACGUACAUGUUAUGAAAGAGGAUCCUAACAGGCCCACAUCAAACCCUCUUCCUCCCCACUCAGAAGCUUUUUCUGACAAUAAAACAGCUCAACAGCUUCUAGAUACUGUUGCUCAAGAGACUCCUAACUUUGGAACAGAACAGGAUAAAUCUCAUUGUCCUUUCCACCUCAAAACAGGGGCGUGUAGGUUUGGUUCACGUUGUAGCAGAAUUCACUUCUACCCUGAUAAAUCCUGCACUUUGCUCAUCAAGAAUAUGUACAAUGGCCCAGGCCUAGCUUGGGAGCAGGAUGAGGGUCUCGAGCACACAGACGAAGAGGUUGAACGUGCUUAUGAAGAGUUCUACGAGGAUGUACAUACAGAGUUCUUGAAAUUCGGGGAAAUUAUCAAUUUCAAGGUGUGCAGAAAUGGUUCAUCUCAUUUGCGAGGAAACGUGUAUGUUCACUAUAAUUCUUUGGAUUCUGCCGUGCUGUCUUAUCAAUCAGUAAAUGGUCGUUACUUUGCAGGAAAACAGCUUCAAUGCGAGUUUGUGGGGUUAACUAGGUGGAGAGGUGCUAUCUGUGGAGAGUUUAUGAAAUCUAAACUUAAGAACUGUUCUCGUGGAACCGCCUGCAACUUUAUCCAUUGCUUUAGGAAUCCUGGUGGAGACUAUGGCUGGGCUGAUUGGGAUAAACCUCCUCCAAGAUAUUGGGUAAAAGAGAUGGCAGCUUUGUUUGGUUAUCCUGAUGAAUCAGGUUCUCACAAAAAGACUGAGCAUGGAAGCACAAGAUUGAUCAGCCACGGCUCUGUCCGGUCUCGGUCAAGGACAUCUGAGUUCUCGAGCAAUUCAAGGAAUUAUUCUGAUGAUGAUAUACGGAGAAGUGAACCUUGGAGGCGCCAUAAGAGUUCUGAUAGAAAGCAUUCAGAAAAACUUGAUUAUGAACAGCAUGCUGAUAUUUCAAACCGUAGCUCAAAUCUAUCUCCAGCUUGCAGGAAAAGGAAAUUGGAAUCUCGAGGUGGCACAAGCAAUAGAAUGAACAGACAGGAAACCGAUCCUGAUGAACAUAUGCAUGAGAAUGACCUGGACUCGAACCACCAUGAACGUUCAAGAAGCAAAAGGCGCAGGGAGAAACAGUGUCGUGGUGCUGGUUCCAUGGGGGAUGGAUGGAUUGAGGACAGUCAUGGACCUCUGAACCAAAGUGGCACAGCUAAGGGUAAGGAUCCAAGGCAGCAGAACAAAGUAUCUACAUCUCCUGCUGAACAACGAAAUUGUAGAGACACCACUAUCCACAGCAGUGACUUAACUGGCGAGUGUUCUGAUGGGGAAAGACAGAGUCAACAUUUAUAUGGGGAGGAAUCUCCGUGGUCUCAUGGUUCUGAUGAAUUUGAAGAUAGAAAGAAAAGAUAACGCACUCAUAAACUAAAGAACUCCAGCAAUUGGGAUAAUUCGGAUAGAGGGAAUGUAGAAGAUGAGAAUGGCAAUGAAAGCCUCAGAGAUUCUCGUCUAAGUUACAGAACUUCGGACUGUAGUAGCUCAAAAUACCACCGCAGAUAGAGAUCGGAAAGGGGUGAGUCUGAGAGACAGAUCUCUGCCCAUGAAGAGAAAUUGGAGAGGAGAGGAAGCAUUGACUACCUUGAAGCGAUUAGAUCUCAUGCUACAAAUGAAAGUGAUGAUGAAAGAGGCCGUUGGGAGCCCGAUGAAGGAGAUUCUGCGUAGCACAAAGAAUUUGAUAACCAACUUCGAUGAAGCUAACCAAGGCAAAGAGCUCUGGGUUCGUGAUCACUGAGUUGAGCUGAAAACAGUGGCAUCAUAGAUCACGAAAGAAAGAGAUGGUGAAUACUUAUAUAAUUAAGGAUGAGAGAUGGAGUUGAAGCAAGAGUAAAAACAGAAUGCUGGUGCGAUCUGAAUUAUGAAUUGUGAGUCAUCUGCAUAUCUGUUGCAACUCAAUAUUGGAUACCAGAAUGUGUAUAUCAGGUUAGUAGGACAUAGGCUGUGUAAGUUGUGUUAGCUCAAUGAUGAAGAUUAGUUCUAAUUUUAAUUUAAUAAAUAGACUAUAAAUUUCAGGCACAAUAAAUUGGUUUCAUGCUUUUUUUUAUUUCGAUACCAAAUUUUUGCAUUGGUAUCGGCCAUCGGGUCACAUUGGAAUCAUGGAAUGAGACUUUGCAUUGUACGUGGAUUAAAAAUGCCGUCUUUAAUCCGAUGCGGAAUUGAUCUCAGAUCAUAAAACUGUCAUUAUAUUUAA